CUCCCUCUCACUCUCACCCUCCCUCCCUGUCACUGCUUCCAUCGCUGUUCCCUGCCCUGCCAGCCUGGUCUGUGCUACUGCUGCUGUUGUUGCUGCUCCACGCCGCCGCCGCUUCGGCAGGCAAUCUUGUGUGACGCCAACAAGUGAGGAGGAUCCUUCGGCAUCGGCACUUCUGGCUUUGCUUUCACGCACCCGGACGGCCAGGCACUCUAGUCAUCUUUCACCAUUGACGGAGAUAACAGUCCGUUCCCACCUGUAAGUUUCGGGCCCGCCCUGCACGAGAGCGAGCGAGUGAGCGGUGGGCGGGCGUGUCCGCGACGCAGCGACCUCUCCGCGGUCAUGGCGGCGCGCUCCCCUCUUCACCCCGCCGAGUCGGGCGGCGCUUCCCAGUCGAAGACGACUGGUAGUGGUGUGAAUCAAUACUCUUUGCGCGGCGUCGAGGAGUGGGCGUCGCUGCUGCGCGACGGCCCGCGACGGCCGCUGCUCACGCACAUCAACGCCGACACGACGUGGCUGAUCCAGCUGCCCUGGCCGGCUCCAUCAUCACCAUCGUCGUCGUCGUCGUCGUCGUCGUCGCCGCAGCCGUUGCGGCCGCCGGGGCGAACGCACUUCAACGUCCUCGUGGACCCGUGGCUCGACGGCCCGCAGAGCGACGUCGCGUCUUGGUUCAGCACGCAGUGGCACGUCGUCCCCUCGGGGGUCGCCACCAUCGCGGAGCUGAACCUGCUGCUGCGACACGUCGAGACGACGACGACUCACGGCGCAGUCGGUCCUGGUCCCGGUCCCGGUCCCGGUCCCGGUCCUGUCUUGUCUCGCACGCCGGCCGAGGAGAAUGCCGUCGGCGAGCCGUGUUUCGUCGACGCCGUUGUCGUGUCACACGAGUUUACCGAUCACUGCCACCGCGCCACGCUCCAGGAGCUGCCCGCGAGCACGCCCGUCUUCGCGACCGACGUCGCGGCGGACCUCAUCCGCAGCUGGGGCCACUUCGACGCCGUCGUCACCAUCCCCGCCCUCGGGCCCGACGUGUCGUGGAGGCGCCUCACGGGCGUCGGCCCCCUGCCGGACUGGCUCGCCGUCGGUCGCGUCAUCACCCCUGGGAACGCGCUGUACUACCACUCGGCCAUCCUGGUCGCGUUUGACCUGGACGACGGCGGGGGCGGUGACGGCAGCGGCAGCGGCGAAGCCAUCGUCUACGCGCCGCACGGCAUCGCCGCCGAGGACCUCGCCGGCGUGCCCGCGUCGAGCGGCCUGCGCACGCUCGCCCUGCUCCACGGCCUGCACGACGUGCGCAUCUGGCUCGCCAAGCAGCUCAACCUCGGCGCCCUCAACGGGCUGCGCGCCGUGGCCGCGAGCGGCGCGCGGUACUGGGUCGCGACGCACGACGAGGUCAAGACGGGCGGCGGGCUCAUCGCGCCGCUGCUGCGCCGCACAGCGUACUCGAUGCGUGACGCCGUGGCGCACGAGGAGGCGCGGAUGGAUGUCGUGCCCGAGUAUACAUUUGCGGAGCUAGGAUCCGGAGAUGGGCUGGUGUUGGCGUAGAUGAUGAUGCAUUGACGCCGGUCACGAUGCUGACGAGUUCGAUGAGAUACGCGUAUAUAUAGUUAUUUUCUCUCCUUGAGGAUGCCUAUAGUCGACAAGAUGUUAUAUGAACCAGUACACAAGAGUUGGUAUGAAUUUGGUAGCUCCUGACCAAAGAUGGUCUCCGCAUAACAAUACAGCAACGCCGUUUACUUUCCUCUAUUCCAUGAAUUACAUCUCACCCUUGACGCUCAGCUCUCCGUCUCUAUCCCAUCGUCAACUCCAAUACCCGCCGCACCUUCACGCAAUUACAGCUC